AUGCCUAGAUUUUCGGUCGCUUUCGGCAGGAGGCGAUCCACCGUCACCUCGGAGGAUUUCCAAAAUGGCGCAGUAGCCAUGGGUGAUCAACAACAGCAAUCCUCCUUCCGCGUGUUGGAGCGGACCGAAGUUGGUGGCAACAAGUCUUUCGACGGCGGACACAGGCUGCUGAAGGCUGCAACGACGGCGAUUCCACCCAAGCAUAAUUACACGGAUCUUUCUACGGAGGACAACAUGUUUGCCGAUGUGAAGAACAACCGGGGAAGUGGGUCGUCUAAUACCACGAAAACAACUUCGACGGAUACUUCUUCGCGCCACAGCAACGUCUCGACCACACCGUCUUCGGCUGACCUCGGCGCCCAAGGGCCUCAGGAAGAAUGGAGAAAUUCGAUUAAGAAAUCUCACACCGACGUGCCGCCUCCUAAGCAUAGUUCCGGUGGAUUCCUUAGCAAAGCUGGCAGGACAUUUUCCUUUGGCGGUCAGAAGAAGAACCAAGCCUCCGUCUCUUCUGUUGACGAUCAUCCUCUUCCUCUACCGCCCCUGCCUACCCAGGCACUGGAGGACGAUUCCAGUCGCAGACCGAGAGGCCUAACAGCUUCCACGGCCAGCACAGCGACUCCUCCCAAGCUCAGCGAGGAGGACUUCGCUCUGAACUUUGGGAGUGACUUUGGUAACAUGUUUAAGGGGUCAGGAUUUGAUAAAAGAGCCAGCCAAAUGACGCUUCCCGGUAACGACAAGUCCAACUUGGGACCUCGCUCCCUGACUACUAAUCGAGUCAACCAACCUCAACCCUCCCCCAUCAAAAUUGACAAGUCCAUCAAAGUCGAAUCCUCGCCCUACUCGUGGAGCAGCCAGCACUCCAACGACAACCUACUUCAUGACAAUUUGUUUCAACCCGGUCCCGGUUCCCCUACCAACAACACUGAUCGUACAUCAGUGCCGCCCCCAGUUCCACGUCAUGGCUCGCCGUUGGCAUUCCGUAAUAAUGUGCCGUCCGACAUCAUCGAGGACGAAGAUGCCAACCUUCUCAAGGACUCGCUGGCCGCCAGCCGGUUCCUUGGUCAUUCGAGUCAACCCAGCAACCCGUCUCCGCCAGGCAGGUUCCGCAGAAACGAGGACACAUUCUCGACAGGAUGGGACGCAACAGACAGCAAAAAAGAGGAGGAGAACAUGUUCGACAACACCUCUGCUCGGCCACCACCAUCGAAGCCUUCCAACCAUUCCACAUCGAACAGCAACUCCAGUCCGCCUCGAAACAAAGUCAUGACUCCCGCCGAGUUCGAGAAAUACCGUAAAGACAAAGAACGCCGAGACAGUGCCAGCGAGACAGCAAAGGCGUCAAAUGGAAGUCGAGAUGAUGACGAAGACCAAUACGAAGAUGAUGAGGAUGACGUUGAGAAGGCGAAGCUCGCUGCCAAGCAGAGGAGGAAGCAGGAGGCACACAUGGCUGUUUACCGACAACAGAUGAUGAAGGUAACAGGCGAGCAGCCAAACCUUCCAUCCGAACAUGCCCCUCGUCCUAGUCUAUCCAUGUCUCUUAGCACGCCCAACCUCGCCGUACCCCCUGGCCCACUCACUGGCCGGUCUGAGGGGUCUGAAGAGGAGGAUGAAGAAGUGCCGCUUGCUAUUCUGGCCGCACACGGUUUUCCCAACAAGAACAAGCCGCCCAACAGACUGAUGAACAUGGCGUCGAACCCCGACCUGCGAUCAUCUGUCCAAUCACAACCUCAGCGUCCAGGGUCCAGUAUGGGUGAAGGCACUGGCCCGAGGGGAACAAGCGGCGGGCAUCUCCCUGCCUUUGCACGAAAGCUGCCGCAAGACCCCUUCUUGGGUGCCGGCCUCAUCAACGCACCUCCUCGCGAGUCACUCACGUUCGGUGGUGGUUCGCCAGCACCGGGUGUUGCGCCAGCUGUUCCCAUGGGAGGCCUCGUGGGUGUCAUUGCCAGCGAGGAGCGCUCCCGAGCAAUGCGACGAGGCAGUCCCAACAUCGAAGCACAGAACGUCAAUCCAUUUACCGGUGCCCCAGUUGACCCCAAUGCAGGAAUCCCGCCUCAGAUGAUGUAUAGCAACAUGAAUGGAUUGAAUGGCAUGAAUGGUGGAAUGAAUAACGGUAUGAAUGGUAUGAACGGUGGUAUGGGCCAGAUGGGUAUGGGUGGUAUGGGUGGUAUGCCACAGAUGCAUCAGAUGCCACAGAUGCCGCAGAUGCCUCCUCAGAUCCCCCAGAUGAUGCUCACACCAGGAGACCAGGCGCAGAUUCAGAUGACCCAGCAGAUGCAACAGUUCAUGCAGAUGCAAAUGCAGUUCAUGCAAAUGAUGGCGACGCCGAACCAGAAUAUGAACAACGGCAUGCCCCGGCCGUUGAGCCACAUCGCAACGCCGUCGAUCCACGACAGCCAGCGACAAUCUUUCUUUGGCGACUCAAUGUUGGAGCCUCCCCGACUUGACCCGCGUUCAAGAACCAUGAGCAUGGUUCAGCCUAGCUCGGCCUCGUGGAUCCAGCCUGGAGGUGGCUACACCCCUUCCAUUCACGGUGGCCUUGGCGGCGGCGGCGCGGGGUACACACCAAGCAUUCACGCCCAAGGUGCCGGGUAUGCCCCCUCGAUCGCACCCUCGGAGCGCAGCAACAUCGGCUUACCAGGGCGUUACAGACCAGUGACGCACGCUUCUCAGCCCCUAGACACUGGCCGACGCAUGUCGGUCAUGUCAAGUGCCAUGGGAUGGGAAGAGCCUCCUAAGGUCAUGCAGCAGGAGAACAAGACCACGGUCCAGAAGAACUCGGGAAACAAUUCGGACGACGAUGACGAGGAGGGAUGGGCCGCGAUGAAGGCCAAGAAGGAGAAGAAACGAUCUUUGUGGAAAACGAAGAAGAGUAUCGGUAGCGAGAUUGGAGCUCUGAUUUCGUAA